UAGUUGAUGCCACUGUUGGUCCACGCUGACCGCACGGAGCUCGUGAGACGCCGAGGACAAGUCAAGGAAAUGCAAAGCAAUCAACAUCAUAAACAGAAGCAGCAGCAGCACCAGCACCGGAUAAAGGAGCAGAAACAGGAGCUGAAGCAGCAGCAGCAGCAGCAGCAGCUGAAGCAGUUGAAGCAGAAGCAAAGCGAAUGCCAAAGACGCAAUCAUAGCCGUGGUAUCUAAAGCCAGCAGCAACAACGCUAAGCACAACAAACGGCAGUAAUUUUAACCGGAACAACAACAAGAGCAACAGCAGCUGAAGGCAUUCAAGUGCAAAUAGAAGCAGCAGCAGCAACUGUUGAAGAAAGCAAACGAAAACUUGUAGGCAACAGCUAAAGAAACCAAUUUACAUAUUUAAGCUUGUAGCGUCCGGCAACCAGAAGCCAACUGCUGACAAUCGGGCAGACAGUGAGUCAGUCAGUUAGUGAGUCAGUGAGUCAGCCAUUUGAAUCAAUAAGGCAAUACAAAUAGACGGCUCAAGUGCAGUCAGUCAGCUGCCCGUUGGAUUGGGAUUGAAAUCAAAAAGCAGUUAGUUUCACACCUCAGUUGGCCGCCGCCAGCAGCUGGAAAGGAUGCGUCUGCCAUAUCGCAAUAAGAAAAUCACCCUUUGGGUGCUUUUUGGCAUAAUUGUCGUCACAAUGUUCCUAUUCAAAUUCACCGAGCUGCGCCCCACCUGUCUCUUCAAGCUGGACCCCACAAACGAUUUGCCAUCACAAAUGGUGCGUAUACAGAAAUACGUCACAGAUGACAAUCAACGCUCCUAUUCAUACAACCGUGAGAUGCCAUUAAUAUUCAUAGGUGGCGUGCCCAGGUCUGGCACGACAUUAAUGCGCGCCAUGUUGGAUGCUCAUCCCGAUGUGCGCUGCGGGCAGGAGACGCGCGUCAUUCCGCGCAUUCUGCAGCUGCGCUCGCACUGGCUGAAGUCCGAAAAGGAAUCGCUGCGCCUGCAGGAGGCGGGCAUCACCAAGGAGGUCAUGAACAGUGCCAUCGCGCAAUUCUGCUUGGAAAUCAUUGCGAAGCAUGGUGAACCGGCGCCGCGCUUAUGUAACAAGGAUCCGCUGACUCUCAAAAUGGGCUCCUAUGUAAUCGAGCUCUUUCCCAAUGCUAAAUUCCUAUUCAUGGUGCGGGACGGACGUGCAACGGUUCAUUCGAUUAUAUCCCGCAAGGUGACAAUCACCGGAUUCGAUUUGAGCAGCUAUCGCCAGUGCAUGCAGAAAUGGAAUCACGCCAUCGAGCUAAUGCACGAACAGUGCCGCGACAUUGGCAAGGAUCGAUGCAUGAUGGUCUACUAUGAGCAGCUGGUGCUGCAUCCGGAGGAGUGGAUGCGGAAGAUUUUGAAGUUCUUGGACGUGCCGUGGAACAGUGCGGUGCUGCACCACGAGGAGUUCAUCAACAAGCCCAACGGUGUGCCGCUGUCCAAAGUGGAGCGGUCAUCGGACCAGGUCAUCAAGCCGGUCAAUCUUGAGGCGCUGUCCAAGUGGGUGGGCCAUAUACCCGGCGAUGUAGUGCGCGACAUGGCCGACAUUGCGCCCAUGCUCUCCGUGCUGGGCUACGAUCCGUAUGCGAAUCCGCCGGACUACGGUAAGCCAGAUGCAUGGGUGCAGGACAAUACAUCUAAGCUAAAAGCCAAUCGAAUGCUCUGGGAAAGUAAAGCGAAACAAGUGCUGCAGAUGGACACGGAUGAUAAUAAUAACAACAACAACAACAACAACAAUAACAACAAUAAUGAGAAUAAUAAUAAUAAAAUAAUGACAGAGCAACAGCAGGCGGAUCAGGAACUGCAACAGGAGCAGGAACAGCAGAGGCCAAAGGAUGUCAUCACGAUAAAGCAGCUGCCGUCAAACUUCAACAGCAACAGCAACAGCCACAACAAAAAGAACAACAACAACAACAACAACAACAACAAUAAUAACAAUGGCAAGCAAUAUGUCGGCGCACUUGAGGACACAUGAUAUCCGCAUAUACCCAUAAGAUUACCACGCGGCAAGCAUUGAGCUGACGACAACACACAGUAACAACAUCAACAACAACUACAACAGCAACAACAACAUCAACAUCAACAUCAACAACAUCAGCAACAGCAACAAUGCGCAUGGCAACAGACAAGCAUCAAAUGUUGGCAAACCAAUUUCAAAUUGUAUUACACCAAGUAAACGCAUAUGCAUAUGCAGAUAUAUAUACAUAUAUAUAUAUAUGCUACAUCUUUGCCACAGUUGCGCACGAGUGUGCGUGUGUGCGUGUGUAAUGCGUUCUAGCGAUUUAAAGACACAUUUGCCGCAUCGAAGACACAAUUUUAUACAUAUAUACAUAAUAUUGAUGUAAACAUAAUUUAAACAUGUUUAGCGAAUACCACCAAAAACAAAAAUUUGUAGUAAUAAAUAAUAACAAAUAAAAAUAGAAUUCGUUGCAGGGCGCGCUCACUGCUAAA